UGAACACUACCAUACAACUGAUGAAGCAAUAAUAUCGUAGCUUAUGACAGUUGAUGUUAAGAAUAUAAACAAACAUUAAGAAAAGAAGAUUCAUAGCUUAGAGAAACUUCCAAGUUACCCAUUAAAAAAAUAAAUAUAAAAAAACAGAAACUGAUUAAUCUUGGGUAAGCAACUCUUAAUUAUUGAUUGCCGGAAAGAAAUGCCGACCAGGUUGAGAGAAUAUUCCCAUCAGGAAAAAGACAUGGCUCUACAUCCUGUGUUAUACAUAGAUGUAAAAUGCCUGCUAUAAUCUGAACUCACCUUUACUUUCCUCAUGGAGCUUCAAUGGCCUUCUUUCCAGGUCCUGUUUACCUUUUCUCUAUUUAUGAUUAUGGCACUGAAAAUAGUGAAGAGAGGCAAAACCAAAGACUCCGCUAUAAAUCUACCCCCGGGGCCAUGGAAGCUGCCUUUUAUAGGAAACAUACACCAGCUCGUUGGCUCUCAACCCCAUCAUGCACUACGAAACUUGGCGAACAGAUAUGGACCUCUCAUGCAUCUAAGGCUGGGAGAAGUUUCGACCAUAGUUGUUUCAUCGGCGGCGUAUGCUAAAGAAGUGAUGAAAACCCAUGAUGUUAUGUUUGCAUCAAGGCCCCCUCUCCUUGCUUCAACGAUCAUGUCUUAUGGUUCUACAAACAUUGGCUUUGCUCCAUAUGGUGAUUACUGGAGACAACUGCGAAAAAUUUGCACACUAGAGCUUUUAAGCCCAAAGCGUGUUCAAGGGUUCCGGCCUAUUAGGGAAGAAGAGGCAAUGAAUCUCAUGGAAUGGAUUGCUUUGAGAGAAGGAUCACCUAUUAAUCUCACUGAGGAAAUUUACUCAUCCACAUAUACCGUCACUUCCCGAGCAGCCUUUGGUAAAAAAAACAAAGAUCAUGAAAAAUUCAUAUAUGCUGUAAAGGAAUCUAUAAAGGUGGCAGCAGGCUUUGAUCUUGCAGAUGUUUUUCCUUCUGUCAAACUGCUUAAUCUGAUAGGUGGAAUUAGGCCUAAACUUGAGAGGCUACAUAAAGAAACUGACAGGAUAAUGGAAAACAUCAUCAAAGAACACAAAAAAGAUAGAGCAACAUCAGAAAGUGGUGAAGGUAAAGCAGAGGAAGACCUGGUAGAUGUUCUCCUAAAAUUUCACGAGCGUGGCAAUGGCUUUGAGUUUUCUCUAACUACUGACAACAUCAAAGCUGUAAUCUUGGACAUUUUUGGUGCCGGGAGUGAGACAUCAGCUACAGCUGUAGAUUGGGCAAUGUCAGAAAUGAUAAAGAAUCCCAGAAUAAUGAAAAUAGUACAGGAUGAGGUGAGGGAAGUGUUCAAUACAAAAGGUCAGGUAGAUGAAACAUGCAUUAGAGAGAUGAAAUAUUUAAACGCAGUGAUUAAAGAGACCCUGAGGUUACAUCCUCCUGCUCCCCUCUUACUUCCAAGAGAAUGCAGAGAAAGUUGUGAGAUUAAUGGAUAUGAAAUACCUGUCAAAACCAAGGUCAUUGUCAAUGGAUGGGCCAUUGGUAGAGAUCCCAAUUACUGGACUGAACCUGACAUAUUUUAUCCAGAGAGGUUCCUUGAUAGCUCCAUUGACUACAAGGGAACCAAUUUUGAGUAUAUCCCAUUUGGUUCUGGAAGGAGAAUAUGCCCUGGCAUAUCAUAUGGCCUGGCCAACGUUGAGCUCCCGCUUGCAUUUUUGUUAUACCAUUUUGAUUGGAAACUCCCAAAUGGAAAAAAUCAUGAAGAUCUGGACAUGACCGAGGCUUUUGGUAUUACAGUCCGAAGGAAAGAAGAUCUGCACUUGAUUCCCAUUCCUUAUCAUCCUCCGCCUACUGAAAAAUCGCACGAAUAAAACAUAGUAAAGUCUGUUUGUUUAUGUUAUCCCAUGCUAUAAGGAUUACAAUGCGUUGUAGUCUCAUUAUAGCAAUAAAAGAAUUGAGAACCGUAUCAAUUCAUCUACUAUAAUCAUGAGCAAAUUUGAAGAGCUGCAUAUAUACUUUUUAGUCCUGGAUUUGAAAACACUAGGGUCUUUUUGCUGAUUUCCUGAUGUUUAACUAAAUACCAAAAAUUAUAGUCCAUAGAACAGAGAGUAAGGGACCGGACCAAACCACCAAAAUCAUUAUGCUGCUCCACGUCUAUAAGCAGUAAUGCUAUGAGCUCCAAAUUAUUUUUGGUCAAAUGAAAUGGCUUUUCUCUUCUCCGAUAUAGAAACCAAAAAAAAAUAAUAAUAUAAAAAAAAAAAAAAAAAAAACCAGAAGCCAUA